AUGACAAGAGGCAAAACUCAAAGUUUAUUGUUGUUUUGGGUAUUUAUUUAUUUUUACUUCAUUUGUUGGUUUUAUUUAUUUCUUUUUUUGUCUCCUUGUUUAUUUAAAGAUUUUUUUUUUCUGUUUGACACUUUUUUUUCGUUUGCUUUUUUUCUGUUUUCUUCGUUUGGCUUUUUAUAUAUUUUUUUCAUUUGCCCAUUUGUUUUAUUUUCCGUUCGCAUUUUUUUUCCUUCAUUUGCCUUUUCGCUGUCCUUCGUUUGCCUUUUUGCUGUUUUUUUUCUUCCUUCGUUUGUCUUUUUGCUGUUUUUUUUUCUUCCUUCGUUUGCCUUUUUGCUGUUUUUUUUUCUUCCUUCGUUUGCCUUUUUGCUGUUUUUUUUUCUUCCUUCGUUUGCCUUUUUGCUGUUUUUUUUCUUCCUUCGUUUGCCUUUUUACUGUUUUUUUCUUCCUUCGUUUGUCUUUUUGCUGUUUUUUUUUUUCUUCGUUUGUUUUUUUUGCUUUUUUUUUUUCUUCCUUCGUUUGUCUUUUUUGCUGUUUUUUUUUUCUUCCUUCGUUUGCCUUUUUGCUGUUUUUUUUUUUCUUCCUUCGUUUGCCUUUUUGCUGUUUUUUUUUCUUCCUUCGUUUGCCUUUUUGCUGUUUUUUUUUCUUCCUUCGUUUGCUUUUUUUUUGCUUUUUUUUUUUCUUCCUUCGUUUGCCUUUUUUUUGCUUUUUUUUUUCUUCCUUCGUUUUUUUUUUUUUUUCUUCCUUCGUUUGCCUUUUUUUGCUGUUUUUUUUUUCUUCCUUCGUUUGCCUUUUUUUUGUUUUUUUUUUCUUCCUUCGUUUGCCUUUUUUGCUGUUUUUUUUUUCUUCCUUCGUUUGCUUUUUUUGCUUUUUUUUUCUUCCUUCGUUUGCCUUUUUGUUUUUUUUUUUUCUUCCUUCGUUUGCCUUUUUGCUGUUUUUUUUUCUUCCUUCGUUUGCCUUUUUGCUGUUUUUUUUUUCUUCCUUCGUUUGCCUUUUUGCUGUUUUCUUUUCUUCCUUCGUUUGUCUUUUUUCUGUUUUUUCCUUCGUCUGACUUUUUUUUUUUUUUCGUAUGCCAUUUUGUUUUUUGUUUUCUUUUGCCCUUCUGUGCCUGCGUGCGUGUGUGUGCUUUUUCUUCGUUAG